AUGUCACUCUCUCUGGUCCUCACACUCAACUGGGGCGUCCGAAUGCGAUCACAGGAUGACGCGCUCUUCUCCGAAAUCGUCCACGUCGAGGAGGAGCUAAACUACUUCCGCGGCUCCAGCGCGUCUCUGCAGGACUACGUGCCGCUCUGGCGCCUGUUUCCGGCCAAGUCGGCGCAGGCCAUCGCCCUGCGCAACCGACGGGAUGCCUACAUUCUGAAGUUUGACCAGGAGCUGCGGAAGCGCGUGAGGCUGGGCACGCACGCCUCGUGUAUCCAGGCCAACGUCAUGGUCGACCCGGAGGCCAAGGUCAGCCAGGAGGAGGUCAGGUCCAUCAGCCUUUCGAUGCUGUCGGCCGGGUUUGAGACCGUUGGGGCCACGGUUGCGUGGAGUCUGGGUUUCUUCGCGUCGCACCCCGAGAUUCAGGACCGAGCGUACCGCGAGAUCAAAGAGAUGUAUGGCGAUGACGAACCGCUCUGCGACCCGCAGGAGGACACCAAAUGUGAAUAUGUCGCGGCGUUGGUGAAGGAGUGCUUGCGAUACUUCUGUGUGGUGCGGAUGAACUUGCCUCGGUCGACGAUCAAGGAGGUGGAAUAUGACGGGAGGAUCAUCCCGUCUGGUACGCUUAUGCUCUGCAACAAUAUGGCUUGCAAUUUUGACUCGGAGUUAUGGCCCGACGCCCAUGCCUUCCGACCGGAAAGAUGGAUCGAGCACCCUGAUGCCCCGUUAUUCACAUAUGGCCUGGGCUAUAGGAUGUGCGUAGGUGCGAUCCUGGCCAACCGGGAGCUCUAUGUGAUCUUUAUGAGAAUGCUGCACAGCUUCAAAAUCGAACAAAGCGGCAGCUUCGACGACAAUCCCGUCACUGGUAUUAGGGAUGCCCGUGAGCUCGUGGCUAUGCCCAGGCCAUACAAGGCGUAUUUCAUCCCCAGGCAUAAGGCUUUUCUAGAGUCUGCCUUGACUGAGUGA